UUUCUGAUUCAUUUACAUCCUUGAAGAGCAUCUGUAGAAGAGAAAGGAAAAGAUGGGUGUGAAAACAUUUACUCAUAGUUCCUCUUCCCACAGUCAGGAAAUGCUUGGAAAACUAAAUAUGCUGCGAAAUGAUGGACAUUUCUGUGAUAUCACUAUUCGUGUCCAGGAUAAAAUCUUCCGGGCUCAUAAGGUGGUACUAGCAGCUUGCGGUGAUUUCUUUCGUACCAAGCUUGUAGGCCAAGCAGAGGAUGAGAACAAGAGUGUGCCGGAUCUGCAUCAUGUUACAGUGACUGGCUUUAUUCCCCUUUUAGAAUAUGCUUACACAGCCACUCUGUCAAUUAACACAGAAAACAUUAUUGAUGUUCUAGCUGCAGCCAGCUACAUGCAAAUGUUUAGUGUUGCUAGCACCUGCUCAGAGUUCAUGAAAUCAAGUAUUUUAUGGAACACACCCAAUAGCCAGGCAGAAAAGAGUCUAGAUGCUGGACAAGAAAAUUCUAACUGCAAUUUUACUUCUCGAGAUGGAAGCAUUUCUCCAGUAUCUUCAGAGUGCAGUGUGGUGGAAAGAACCAUUCCCGUGUGCCGAGAAUCCCGGAGAAAGCGCAAAAGCUACAUUGUUAUGUCUCCUGAGAGUCCUGUUAAGUGUAGCACACAAACAAGUUCACCCCAGGUAUUGAAUUCUUCAGCUUCCUACACAGAAAAUAGAAAUCAACAAGUUGACUCUUCUUUAUCUUUUCCCUGGACUUUUCCUUUUGGAAUUGAUAGAAGAAUUCAGUCCGAGAAAGCUAAGCAGUCAGAGAACACCCGGACUUUAGAAUUACCUGGCCCAUCUGAGCCAGGUAGAAGAAUGACUGAUUGUGUGACUUGUGAGAGCACAAAAGCUGCAUUGCCUCUGGGCACUGAAGAAGAUAUCCGAGUCAAAGUCGAAAGGUUAAGUGAUGAGGAAGUCCAUGAGGAAGUGUCCCAGCCUGUCAGUGCAUCUCAGAGUUCACUGAGUGAUCAACAGACAGUUCCAGGAAGUGAACAAGUCCAAGAGGACCUUCUGAUUAGUCCACAGUCUUCCUCU